GACUUUUAAGCUCACCUCCUCUGUGUACGAAUUUCUGCGAUAGUAUCCCGGUGUUUGUUCCCAAAUGUCACAAUAAUAUUCCCCAUAAUGGAUUGUACUUUUUGGUGAUCAAAUGAACACGGAAGAAUAUGGGUAAAUUCCAGUCCAAGCUUGCUUCAAAACGUAGACAGAGUCCUGAAGGUGGGAGUUUGCUUUCCAAUGUGCUGACCUGUCAAAGAGAGCUCCAGCGCAUCCACAAAACCAAACUGACAGAGAAUUUGUAUGUAGAAUUAAGGGCGAACAAGUCUGACCAUAACUGCAACCUGAAAGUGGUUCUCCCACCAAAGAAGACAGCUUAUAGAGGAAACGGCAUCCAUCUCCAGGUCAAUAAACAGACAAAGAAGAAGAGCAGCCAUGCUGGUGUCACAGAGUGUAACAUGGUGUCUGAUGAAAACACGCAGCAGGAGUGGGUCUUCACGCUGUACAACUUUGACAACAGUGGCAAGGUCACCAAAGAGGACAUGUCCAGCUUGAUUCACUCCAUCUAUGAGGUACUAGAGGCGUCAGUCAAGUCCCGUCACGGUGGCACCCCACCACUGAAGAUAAAGCUAGUUGUAACUCCAUCAGCUGAUCCAGAGAAGAUCUUACAAAUAGCAUCAGAGGAGCAGACAGCAUCUAAGGAGGCAGGAAACCCAGUAAGAGGACAUUAUUGUGUGGAUGAAAACAUAGAGCGCAGAAACCACUACCUGGAUCUAGCUGGUAUUGAAAACUACACGUCCAAGUUUGACGAUACAGAAUCACCUACUCGGGAGUCCAGUCAGGGUGCAGGCUCAACUCCUAAGCACUACCCUGUGGCGAGAACAGUGAACUGCAUGUCUCCUGAAGGCCACUAUACCCCAUAUUCCCUGAAAUGCAAGGCCAUGUCAGUGGGAAAAGAUAGGAAUGGAGGUGAUAGAAAGUCCUGCAGGUUACAUGGCCAUCACCCUGCUUCAUGGUGUCAUCCCUCUCAGCCUGCAGCACACAGCGUCCUGCAGCGCAGUCACAGCAAGAGGCUGCGCUGCAGGGCACACGAUGCUGCCUCGCACUCCAGACCCACAGCUGAAAUAUCUUCAGACAGUCAGAAAUCCUGUGGCGCCCUGGCUUCUCAAACCCAGAGACAUGAGCACCAUCACCAACACCAACACAAGCACCAUCAUCAUCAUCAUCAUCAUCAUCAUCAUCAUCAUCAUCAUCAUCAUCAUCACCAUCACUACCACCCUUCGUAG